GGCCCAGCAGAUACCAGCAAACGUGUGCAAGGUCAGAACCAGUUCAACGCUGCCAUCACUCCCCGCCCCGUUUGCAGCCUACUGACACAUCCACCUCCCUGCAGGCAGAGCCCUGGAGAUCGUCCUGCUCCUGCCUGUACUUCUGCAGAGGAAUGGGUCUGAUCCGGAAGAUUUUCAUCCCUUUGCUGGGACUGGCGCUGGCCUAUUAUUUUUAUUCAGGCCCCAAGAACUUCGAUGAAGAGAUGCUCCGGGGGAAGCGGGUGAUCGUGACCGGAGCCAGCAGCGGCAUCGGGGAGCAGAUGGCGUAUCACCUCGCACGCAUGGAGACCCACCUCCUGCUCACAGCGCGCACGGAGGCCAAGCUGCAGAAAGUAGUGGAGCGGUGCCUGGAGCUGGGCGCCGCAUCCGCCCGCUACGUGGCCGGCUCUAUGGAGGACACCACAUUUCCCAACGUGGUGGUGAAGGAGGCUGAGAACAGCUGGGGUGGCCUCGAUAUGCUCAUCCUAAAUCACAUUGGUUUCAGCCACUUCAACUACUUCAAUGGGGAUGUUGGGCACAUCCGAAAGCUCCUGGAGACCAACUUCCUCAGCUAUGUGGCAAUGACCGUGUCUGCCCUUCCCAUGCUGAAGGAGAGUGAUGGCAGCAUCGUUGUCAUUUCAUCCAUGGCAGGCAGAAUUGGCACCCCAUUUAUUGCUCCCUAUUCUGCAACUAAGUUCGCCUUGGAAGGAUUUUUCAGCUCCCUGAGACAUGAAUUCAUCUUGGAAAAGGUCAAUGUCUCCAUCACGCUCUGUGUCCUGGGCUACAUCAACACAGAGAGCGCGGUGCGAGCGGUCUCACACGCCGUGCAGGACACGCCGGCGCCGAAGGAGGAAUGUGCGCUGGAGAUCAUCAAGAGCGGGGCGCUGCGCCAGCGGGAGCUGUACUACCCACCCCGGCUGCUGGGCAGCAUGCUUCUCCUCCACGCCAUAGCCCCCGACUUCCUCGACUCCCUCAUCAGGAGCAACUAUAAGCUGGAAAACGUCAGAAGAACAUAGCCCCCAGGGUGGGGAGCAUUGCCAGGACACCUUGGGCCAAACAUGAGGGGUUUGAGUGUUAAUCUGGCUAAUUGGGUGCCCUUUUCCAUGCCAUCAGGGCAGCCCCAUGCUGAUGCACCCCUGCAACCUAAGACAGCAUCAUCGAAUCCCAGCCUGGUUUGUGUUGAAGGGAGCUUAAAGCUCAUCCAGUUGCAACCCCCUGCCACGGACAGGGACACCUUCCACUAGAGCAGGUUGCUCCAAGCCCCUGUGUCCAACCUGGCCUUGAACACUGCCAGGGAUGGGGCAGCCACAGCUUCUCUGGGCACCCUGUGCCGGCGCCUCAGCACCCUCACAGGGAAGAACUCCCUAAGAUCUCAUCUAAAUCUACCUUCCUUCAGUAUAAAACCAUUCCUUCCCUUGUCCUGUCCCUACAGGCCCUUGUCCAAAGCCCCUCUCCAGGUUUCCUGUAGCCCCUUUAGGCACUGGAAGCUGCUCUAAGGCCUCCCUUAGGAACCUUCUCUUCUCCAGGCUGAACAACCCCAGUUCUCUCAGCCUGCUUUCCCAGGAAGUCAGUACCACACAGCAUGAAAACAUCCUUUUUAAUAGUGAACUCUUGGCUUUUUUCCAACCAAGAUGCUGCCAGCAUCCUGCUCACCAGCAGGUUUCCUGCUCAACCUUCCCACACCAAGAGCCACAAAGGCAGCGGUGCUGAGCCACGGCCAGAGCGAGAAGCACAAACCACCCCAAGCCAUGAGAGACUCUUUGAACUGUGCCUUCUUUUUGUCAUAUAUCCCUUCUAGGCUGGUCUUCGUUAAAAUAAAUCCUGUGUUACAAGA